AUGGCUCAGGAGGCUUGGCAGAGGUGCAUGGAUGAUGUGGGCUUGCCCGCGGCGGUUGCCAAGCUGCUCAUUGCCAAGGGAUAUGUGUCCAAGGCCUCCUACACCAAAGCUUUCCGCAAUGAGGAGGUGUUGGAGAAAUUCAUCGAAGCCGUGCUUACCCGGGACCAACCAUGUGGAGUAUUGGCGCUCGGAGAUUGGGAAAUCCAUCCUGUGGCUGACUGGCUCCGCGAGCUCUGGGAACACAAGGAAGCUUCUACCGAUAUGCAGCUAGCUCUGCCGCAGAAGCUUGCCGAAGGUGGUGCUGACUCAUUGUCGACCGCCGCCUUGCUCUCUUGGCCUGGCGCCCUUGGAAGCAAACUUUCUGCUGAUGAAAUCAGCAAUCUCUGGAGCAAGUUCGAGGAGAACUACCCAAGCGAGGUGCUGGAGGUUCAACACCGUCCUUGUAAGCAGUUGAUCCAGCUGGUAAACCAGCAGAAGUCACAAGGUGACUUGCGCUUCAUUCCUUGGAAGCAGUUGCUGACCGAAGCUCAAUGCGAUAACCUCAAGCAGGGCGUGCAAAAGAAAGAGAAAUCUUUCCUGAGCCUGCUUUCUGAAGCCUCGGGCCAGUGGGAUAUGCUGGAGUGUGACCCUUCUGCGUCCCCGUUCGGUGUGCAACGGCUGCUGAUGACUCGCAGCAUCGCUUGGGCCUUGACGGGCUGGUGCCAUCUGUCCUCCUCUAAGAAGCUAGUAAGCAAGUUCUUGGACUUUUACACCAGGGGAGGUGGCCCAGACACCGGCUUGCGUGCUCCCUCAUUGGCCGAAGCCGAGGCAGCAGACAUUGAACUUUGCAGGGAGCUGAAUGCACUGUUGGCCAAGAAGUUCACUCUGGACCAGGCUCUGCAUGAGGUUCUUGUGUUACGCAACUCGUUGCACUUUUGGCUGCAGCCACGCCCGCGUCCCUCGGCAUCUGUGAAAGGAAAAGGCAAAGGAGGCAAGCAGCAGUUGCGUGAUCGCUUGGCGUCCAAAGGCGGCGGCAAAUGGGGACAAGGUGGGACCGCUGCCUUGAAAAAACGCGAUGCGGACGGCAAGUUCAAGGGCACAUGCCAUGCUUUCCAAGUAGGGAAGUGCAAGUUCGGCGAGGCGAGGAUUGCAAGUUUGAACAUGCUUGCGAGAACUGUGGGCUGUCCGGGCACGGCAGAGCUGAGUGUCACGUGUGAGCCAGCGGUGUCCGCCCCUUUGCUAGAACCGCGCCAAGUUGCUGCCAGUCCUGUGCCUUUGCCGCGUGGGGAGGCGUCCGAAAAGGAUUGCGUUGCAUAUCACCAGAUCCUCCUGAAAGACGGCGGGGGCGUAUGCAGCACAACGGACUGGCAGUUGCCUCCGCCAGAAGCGCUGGCGGAUCCCUUGGGCGGUGUGAGAAAGGCCAUCUACUGUUCAAUGCCGAGCGAUACUUGCGCACGUUUGCAGUCUCGCCUGGGCGAGCCCUCUGACGAUCCCGUCUUCUCAGACGAGGAAGUGGUGGUCAUGAGACACGCUGUUUGCAAAUCUCUGGGCGUGGAUACGGAUUGGGCCCUGGCUUCGUUCGAUAAGACCCCUUAUAAGUUCAACUUGCUACAGUCCAUUGCCUUGACUUUGGGAGACGUGGAUUCGAAUCUGCCGGCAGUUUUGUCUCGUGGAGCGCCUACAGGUGUACGGGCACCAGUUCGAGCUUCGGGGGUGUGGCCAAGAUGUGAUGGGGUAGACGACGACGAAUUCACGGAUGCCUCCCCUGAACUGCACCUCUGCGAUUGCAAUCAUGCGUCAGCGUUAAAAGAAGAGAACAAGGUGCUCGAGUUAGUGCACAAGGAGGUGGCGGAUGGCUACAUGGAGCACAUCCCCGGCGCACGCAGUGAGGAAGUUCUCAAUGUGCCACUGUCUUGGAGAAAGCUGCGUCUUGGUUUGUCGUUGGAGUAUCUGGGCUGGGCUCUAAGUGUGGACGGUGUCUUCAAAGCCAAAAUUUUGGAAUGCAAAAAGACACGGAUUUUGGCUGCCUUGAACUGGUGGCUGCAGCAUCCGAAAAGGAUUGGGAGGAAAGAACUGUCCGGGAUUUUGGGCCUGCUUAUCUGGGCUACCCAGAUUAGGCUGCCUCUGCGCGCUUUUCUGGCCCCUCUUUUCACCGCGCUUCAUCGUCCAACUGGAAAACUGCAGCUUUUACACCCGGGGCAAUUAGCAGAGCUCGCUGGACUCCUUGACAGGACCUCUUUACGUGUGUGUAAGUCGGCUCAGGGCUCGGAUGUGCAGGCUGGUUGGUUGCUGCGUGAAGUUGGAGGUCGGUCUGUGAGCCGGGAAUGCUUGGAUGCCGCGCUGAAGCAACCGAAGCUCAAAAAUGGGAAGUGCUGGUUGCGCUUCCACUCCUGGGGCCCCACUACAAAUCUGGACGCGGCUUGCUUGUCCAGCAUUCGAAUUCUCAAGCACUUCUUCAGCCAGAACUCGUUUGGUUGGGCAAAUUCUCAUGAGGUCCUCAAUGGUUUUGCGGAUGCUUGGGCUAGUAGCUGUCUAGCCGGAAUUGGCGGCUGGUUUCAAGCAGAGUCUGGUACGCGCCAUUGGUUUCAUUUGGGAGUCAAGCGUGAGGAUAUUCCUGAGGAGUGGAUGUGGCCUCAGCGUAUGCAGGCUGGCAUUGGUUCCCUUGAGCUGGUGGCUCAACUGGCACUCAUGAUCACACGGGCCAAAAUCUGCAGCCUGCCAUGUGCGUACCGGGCGGUGCUGCGACAAUACAGUGACAACAUGGGAGUGGUGGCAUCGGUUUCCAAAGGUUUGGCCAGCAAGCCACCGAUGUGCUGUGCGCUGGUCACGCUUUGCUUUGCCUGUCUGCGGAUGAAAUGCGACCUCUCACUUUCGCACAUCGCCGGGGCGCGUAAUGUGGAAGCUGACUACCUCAGCCGCAUGAAUUGCGCUUCACAGCCUUUGGACCAAGCUAUCGAAUCUGCCUUUCCGAGCCAUAACAGAGUGGAGAUCAGUGUCAAGGAUGUGUUUGGGCCAUGGAGAGACUUCAUGUCCGGAGGACCCAAGUGUCUUUGA